AUGGAGCCAGAAUUUAUUCAGGCCAACAUAACUCAGCCCAUCACUUUUAAAUGCAUCAUAUCCGGAAAUGACGUCACUACAAUUAUUACAUGGUACAAAAACGGGAAAAAACUAACCACCUCCUCAAACUCACACGCGAUUCAAAAUGGCGGACACGUUUUAAUUAUAUUCAAAAUGGCCGCAACGGACGUUGGGAUGUACCAGUGUUUUGUUUUGAGAAAGGAUGUAACCGUUUAUGCCACGGCUCAACUAAAGCUAGCAGCUUCCAGACCUGAAAUAAUAGAAUCAUUUGAAGAAAUGUUUAGUCCGGCAGGCCCCGACGUAGGCAUGCAGUGUGUAGGAAGGGGCGUGCCAGCACCCAACAUAACGUGGCUUCGAGACGGUUCCACAGUCAACUUCACUUCUAAUGAUUUCAAAAAUUAUCAUCUCAGCCGUCAGAUGCUGGCCAAUGGUGAUGUCCUGAGUAGAGUCGUGAUCUCUUCCGUUACUGUACAAGAUGGUGGCUUGUAUUCCUGUCACGUUGGGAAUGCACACGGGACGGUUGUACACUCCGAAAGACUGGAAGUUUUUGGCGUGCCCUUCAUAAGAAAGAUGAAGGAUGUUGUUGGAGUUGUUAGUGACGUCAUUCUUCUUCCAUGCGUUGUCGUUGGCUACCCCAUCCACCAGAUCACCUGGACUAAAAAUUCCAUCAGCCUACCGAAUAACUUACGGCAAAAAAUAAUUUCGAACAACUCCUUAAUGAUAUCCACAACGAACAAGUUAGUCGACAGUGGAGUGUACACAUGCGAGGCCACUGAUAUGAAUGGAGUUGGAAUGAAGAGGGAUGUGAACCUCACUUUGUUAGAGAAGCCUGUGAUUGAUGAUUUCAAUUUUCCGCGUAAAAAACUAAACGACCGAGUGUCCGUGAGUUGUGUGGUCAGUGGUGGCGACGCUCCGCUCCUCAUCUACUGGAUGAAAGAUGGCGCCAAUAUUUCCGCGAUGACUUCAUCAUCUUCAUUGUGGUCUCCAUUUUCAAGUUUGUUGUACAUAGAAGAGGUUGGUAGCGCCCACGCAGGUUGGUACAGCUGUGUUGCUAGCAACCGAGCUGGCAAGGUUCAACAUACAAGCAGGCUGUUUGUUGAUGUGCCGCCAUAUUGGAUCAGGGAACCACCCUCAAAACAGGAAGUAGUGAUGGGCAAGGAUGUGGUUAUUAAUUGCCAGGCAGACGGAGUGCCAGCACCUCAGAUAUCCUGGAGGAAGAAAGUUACGAAAUAUUCACCAUCUUCAUCUUCAUCGUCGUCAUCGUCAUCAUCGUCACCACCGAUCGCUCACGCGAACGGAACGCUGAUGAUAAUGAAGUCGACGAAAGAUGACGAAGGUGAGUACCUCUGUGACGUCAGCAAUAACAUUGGCGAUGACGUAAGCAAGAUGGUCGUCAUUAUAAUUAGAGGUCUCCACAACAACGCCAACGACAUCCACACGAUAACAGCCACGCAGAACGACAACCACAUUCAACUACAAUGCGCAGCUACAGGCGAUCUGCCAAUUUCGAUUGGUUGGAGUUUCAAUAAGUUGUCAAUCAGCUGGUUUGAUGAUGACAGGUUGGUUGUGACCUCGCGGAGCUUGCAUUCAAACCAGCAGACUUCGACACUGACAAUCAGCAACGUCCAGCGAUCGGACGCCGGCAUGUACCACUGCACAGCGCAGAAUAGGUACGGCAGGGAUGUUACGACUAUUCGGUUGAAUGUUCUAUCGGUCCCGGAAGUUCCCAGGGAUGUGCGAAUCUAUGACGUCACGUCACGUGAUGCUGUUGUGGAGUGGGCGGUGGGG